GUGCUCCGGCGUGGGGCGGGGGCGGGACCGCGCCCUCGAGCUCAGCCCCGCCUCUUCAUUGUCCUGCUCCCCUCUUCAACACCACCCCCCCAUUGGCCCGCCCCUUGCCUUGGCUCACUCUUGGGCAGACCGGAACCUGCCCUCUCCAGGGACUCCCGUCGCCUUCCUAGCUGAGUGGAUCCUAGCACCCCUGGAGGGGUGGCCGCAGAAGAGUUCCUUCUGGACUCAGAGAAGCAGGAUCCAGGCUCCAUCAGCUCAGUUCCCCUCCACCAAGAAACAGCCCAGCGAGCAGUACCUGGUGGCGCCAUGCUUCAUAACGUCAGCAAAGGUGUGGUGUAUUCAGCUACUGUAGUCCUUGGUCUGCUUGCCUAUGUGGCCUUCAAAUGCUGGCGCUCACGUAAGCAAAGACAACAGUUGGCUAAAGCUCGGACUGUAGAGCUGGGGGACCCUGACCGGGACCAAAGGCAUGGUGACAGCAGUGUCUUCGUGGAUUCUCCUCAUGGUCUGGAGCCCUGUAUUCCCAGCCAGGGACCACAUGCAGACCUUGGCUGCCGACUUUACCUGCAUAUUCCACAGCAGCAGCAGGAGGAAGUCCAGCGGCUCUUGAUAUUGGGGGAACCUGCCAAGGGCUGGCAGGGGCUGGCAGGCCAACUGGGCUACCAAGCUGAAGCUGUGGAAACCAUGGCCUGUGACCAGGACCCAGCCUAUGCCCUGCUAAGGGACUGGGCUGCUCAAGAAGGCAGUGGAGCAACCCUCAGAGUGCUAGAAGAUGCUCUGACUGCCAUAGGCCGAGAAGAUGUGGUCCAGGUUUUGAGCUCACCAGCUGAGGGCUGCUCUGUGGUGUGAGUGACACAUCCCAGGGCACUUCUCCAGCUUCACAAAAGAUCCAGCCACUUCAUUGGGGGGAUGGGUAAGAGCAUGGGGCAUGGCUUUCCCCACAGGUCCUCAUUCUGCCUCUUUAUGUGCUCCAGCUAUUUUUUCUAUUUCUUUUUAAAAUCACGUAUUAAAGGCACCUUUGGAUUUUUUGUUCUA